CAGGGCUGCAGUGAAGCGCAGCUGAUGUGUGUGAUUCUCUUGUCAGACGCGUUUGUAUUUCAGAUCUUCUUGUAUUUCGGUGGAAAUCGACCGCAGAGAUUUGCACCGGGACUGACACUAUGCGCUCGGUAACCGGCUGAUGCUGAUGCUGACAUCUUCCAUCAUCCAUCUGCCUAAACGGGAAUACUGCGCUCAUUCGUGAUCCAUUCAUCUCGUACACGGGUUCAACAUGUCCAUGAAAGCAAAAAUCGGCGAGGCGGUGAAGGUGGUGGUUCGGUGUCGUCCGCUCAACCGUAAAGAGGAAUCGAUGGGGUACGAGAAUAUCGUGCAGAUGGAUGUGAAACUGGGCCAGGUGGCCCUGCGGAACCCCAAGGCGGGUCUGGGAGAGCUGCUCAAGAGCUUCACGUUCGACGCGGUUUACGACGCUUGUUCCAAACAGAGCGAUCUGUACGACGAGACGGUGCGACCGCUCAUCGACUCGGUUCUGCGCGGCUUCAACGGCACCAUCUUCGCGUACGGACAGACGGGAACCGGGAAGACGUACACCAUGCAAGGCCAGUGGCUGGACGCCGAGCGCCGCGGAAUCAUCCCGAACUCGUUCGAGCACAUCUUCACGCACAUCUCGCGCUCUCAGAACCAGCAGUACCUGGUCCGGGCCUCUUAUUUGGAGAUCUACCAGGAGGAGAUCCGUGACCUGCUCACCAAAGACCACAGCAAGAAGCUGGAGCUGAAGGAGAGCGCCGACUCAGGGGUCUACAUCAAAGAUCUGUCCUCCUUCGUCACCAAGAACGUGAAGGAGAUCGAGCAUGUGAUGAAUGUUGGGAACCAGAGCAGAUCUGUGGGCUUUACCAACAUGAACGAGCACAGCUCGAGGUCUCAUGCUAUCUUUAUCAUCACGGUGGAGUGCAGCCAGCUUGGGCCGGAUGGACAGAACCAUAUUCGCGUUGGCAAACUCAACCUGGUUGACCUGGCUGGCAGCGAGCGACAGACCAAGACUGGCGUCCAAGGAGAACGUCUGAAGGAGGCCACCAAGAUCAACCUGUCCCUCUCCGCUCUGGGAAACGUAAUCUCUGCGUUGGUGGACGGACGAAGUUCUCACGUUCCCUACCGUGACUCUAAACUCACACGGUUGCUGCAGGACUCAUUAGGUGGGAACGCCAAGACCAUCAUGGUGGCCACGUUGGGACCGGCCUCCUACAAUUACGAGGAGACCUUGACCACCUUGCGUUACGCCAACCGCGCCAAGAACAUCAAGAACAAGCCUCGUGUCAACGAAGACCCAAAAGACGCCCUCCUGAGGGAGUUCCAGGAGGAGAUCGCCCGGCUGAAGGCGCAGCUGGAUAAACGCGGCAUGCUCACCAAGAGGAAGAGGAGGAGCAGGAGACUGAGGAAGAUCGGAGAUGGUGGCGAGGUAGAAGAGGGAGAGGAGGAGGAUGUUGAAGAUGAGGAGGAGGAGGAGGAGGAAAGUGUGGAGAAGGAGGCGCAGGAGUACAUGAAGGAGCAGCAGGAGAAGCUGGAGAGAGAGAAGGAGGCCAUCAGAGAUGAUCAUUCACUGGUGGCCGAGGAGAAACAGAGACUCCUGGAGGAAAAAGAGAGGAUGAUGAGACAUCUGAAGAAGGAGCAGGAGGCCACAGAUCUUCUCACAGCCAAGUUUAAGGCGAUGGAGAGCAAGCUGCUGGUUGGUGGGAAGAACAUUAUUGAUCACACUAAUGAGCAACAGAAGAUGCUUGAACAGAAAAGACACGAGAUUGCAGAACAGACACGCAGAGAGAGAGAAAUACAGCAGCAAGUGGUGGCUCAGGAUGAGGAGACGCUAGAACUCAGAGAAACAUUCUCCUCACUGCAACAGGAAGUGGAAGCAAAGACCAAGAAACUCAAAAAGCUGUAUGCGAAGCUUCAGUCUCUGAAGGCAGAUAUUCAGGAUGUGAAUGAUGAGCAUGUGAGGAGCCGACAGGAGCUGGAGCAAACACAGAAUGAACUGACCAGAGAACUCAAAUUCAAAUAUCUGAUUAUAGAGAACUUUAUACCUCCUGAAGAGAAGAAUAAAAUCAUGAACAGACUUCAGUUUGAUGCUGAAGAAGACCAGUGGAAGUUUCAGCCCCUCGUUCCUGCGGAGAAUAAAUUCACACAGAUGAAGAGAAGACCCGCCUCUGCUGUGGGAUACAAGCGACCAAUCAGCCAGUUUGCCAGAAUUGCCAUAGCGAUGGGAGCUCAUUCCAGAUACAGGGCAGAGAAUAUAAUGGUUCUGGAGCUGGACUUGACUCCCCCUGUCGUGUUUCAACUGGAUCUCCCGAGGUCUGGAUCAGAGGUGGAACCGUCCCGAGACGUUCUGUUGGACAACACCAGCUACAGAGAGAAAUCAGCGGCCGGACGGGUCCGAAAAUCUCAGUCAUGGUGUCAGUCUCAGCAAGUCGUUUCCUCCUCAAGCUCCGCCCACUCUCUGGCAUCCUCAGGGUCCCAAAGCUUGCCACACCCACAGAGCAUCACCAUGGCCACAGCCAAGAAAUGAGACUAGGAAUUACCAUAAUCCUGCCCCCGUUAAGGAUAAACAAUAGUCAAUCAAUCCUACAUAGACCAAGAAAGACGGGGGGAGACGAACCGUCUGUCAUUAUUAACCAAGGCUGAAGCGAUCAAAGCUCCAACUAGAUGAAAACCUGCCCGCGAUCUGAUGAAGCAGGACAAACCGUGAACACGGGGCUAUACCCACAACUCAUCAGGACCAAUGAAACGAUCAAUAUUAGUAAAAUGAUUCGGCCUCUCUCUCUCUCUUGCUCUCUGCUCCUCAGGACAGUGAAGACACUUUAAUAACUACUAUCAACAGCACUGAAUAACAUCGCCUUACCUGACACCUGAGGCUCUUUAAGCUAGUUAUUUUAAUUAAUUUAGCUGCUUCCAAAUCCGCUGGUCAACCUCAGUGUGUUUGUACUGACCUGCACAGGUCUGAACCAGGAGUAGAGCCACACACACCUCGAAUGAUGGAAGCCAAAACGGACGGGGCUUUGUGAUCGCUCACCCUGAGCUUUGAAGAUGAGAGCUGAGAGACGUCUCUCUUUCUAUCUGCAUGUCUUACUGUACCUGUGUGUCUUUGUGAAUCUGAUCAGGGGUCUGGAUGGGAGGUGGGCGGGCGGCUGAUUGGCUGGAGGAAGGAUCGACAGGGUUCCCACGGGCUCAUGGAAAACCUGGAAAUGUCAGGGAAUGCGAUUGGUUUUCCAGGCCUGGAAAAGUCAUGGAAAUUAAUAGAAUGUUAGUUGUGGAGAUAUAAUUUGUGCAGUUUUAAAAAUAUAAAUAUACACAUUAUAUAAAUUAAUAUAAAAACAUCAAAACGGAAUUGUAAAAUAAAAUAAAAAAAAUAUUAUAAAACAUAAAAUAGAUAUAUAUAGUCAAUAAGUUUGUUUUUGUCAAAGUUUUUGAAAUGCAAGGCUGCAUUUAUUUGAUCAAAAGUGGAAUAUCAGGAAAUGUCACUACACUUUAAAUUAAUUGUUUAAAGCAUUUAUUAUUGUUGUUGUUGUUGUUGUUAUAGUUUUCAUUAUUAUAAUUAUUAAUUUUAAAAACAGUUGUGAUGCUUCAUAUUUUACGUGGAAACCAUGAUGCUUUUUUCAGGGUUCUUUAAUUAAUAGAAUGUUCAAAAAAAGAGCAUUUAUUUGUUUUAGAAUUUUUCUUUUAACAUUAUAAAUGUCUUUACUGUCACAUUUGAUCAAUGUAAUGCAUCCUUGCUGAAUAAAAGUAUUAAUUUCUUUAAAAAAAAAUAGGUGAAAAGGUGUGGGAACCCUAGCUCUAGAAGAACCUGUGCUCUAGAAUAGUCUGUAUAGAGAGAACAGAGCAUGUACUAUAUGAGCUGGGCUUUGCUUAGACCUUUAAACCACUGCACUAACUUAAAGCAAUGAGACGGAAUAGACAAAAACAUUCAUACACACACAUAUGCCUUGCUUACUUGAUUUCCUCAAAGCAGCAGCCAGAAGCCCCUCUCCUGUAAUUAUGAACAUAUGUGGAGUUUUGUUAUGUAUAGGAGAUUGGUGUGUUCAUGUGUGUCAGACCUGUGUGUUACUGGAUCUUGAGAUGCUCUCACUGGAUGGAAUUAAAGGAGCAGUUCUCUGGCAAAAGAUGA